AAGAUAAUUGACGAUAGAACGAAGCAGUUAGGUUCCAAACCAGCAUCGAGGAAGGAACACCAAAGAUAUUUUUCUUAGUAAAUAUACUAAAAAUAGUUGUGAAAUAAUUAAAAUUUCUACGAAAAUCUACGUUCUACAUUUUACGUGAAGGAUAACAUGUCUAUCAACUUGAGAAGCGUUCUUAUAAGUGACCCUGUGGACGAGUCCUGUAGCUCUCUGCUUUCUGAAUAUGGAAUUCCUGUAACUACGAAAUACAAACUUUCAAAAGAUGAACUUAUUAAGGAACUACAGAACCACGAUGCUCUAAUCGUACGCUCGGAGACGAAGGUCACACCUGAUGUAAUAUCCGCCAGUUCGAAUCUUCGUGUAAUAGGUCGUGCUGGAACUGGAGUGGAUAACAUUGAUCUUCAAGCAGCAACACGCAAAGGAAUCCUUGUAUUAAAUACACCUGGUGGUAACAGUAUAAGUGCUUGUGAGUUAACAUGUGCAAUGAUAUCUGCAUUAGCACGUAACGUGGUUCAAGCGGCUCAAUCGUUAAAAGAAGGAAGAUGGGAUAGAAAAUUAUAUUCUGGGUUUGAAUUGUUUGGUAAAACACUAGGAGUCUUAGGUAUGGGCAGAAUUGGCCGAGAAGUAGCGAUAAGAAUGAAAUCUUUUGGAAUGAACAUCGUUGCUUUUGAUCCAUUACUAAAGAAUGAAGAUGCUGAAUCUCUUGGAAUUAAAAAAGUUAGCUUGGAGGAAGUAUGGAAAGUGGCUAACUAUAUCACUGUCCAUACGCCAUUAAUCCCGCAAACAAGAAAUUUGAUAAACGCUACGACCUUGGGAAAAUGUAAGAAAGGUGUGAAUGUUAUAAACGUAGCUCGAGGUGGUAUAGUUGAUGAAGAAGCACUUCUAAAUGCAUUGAAAACUGGUCAAUGUGGUGGUGCAGCUUUGGACGUAUUUACGGAAGAACCACCAAAGAAUUCUGUUAUCAUUGAGCUCAUUCAACAUCCUAAAGUUAUUGCUACUCCACAUCUUGGAGCUAGCACAGCCGAAGCUCAACAACGUGUCGCCGUUGAAAUAGCUCAACAAUUUUUAGCUUUAUCCGGAAAGACAAUGGAGUAUUCCGUAAGUGGUAUCGUCAAUGCUCCUCUUUUAGCUGCCGCAAUGACGGAAGAUAACGCACCUUGGAUAGAAUUAUCAAAGAAACUCGGCCAAUUAGCUGCAAGACUCGUUCAAGGAAAAUUGAACACAACUGUACAAAGCCAAACUGUUGGCCCAGAUAUGGAGGAUAAGAAAUUCAUACAUACGUCUGUAUUAGUUGGAAUACUUACGGGGCAAACAAGAAAUGGUUUAAAUUUGAUCAAUGCACCGAUGUUGGCUGAAGAUAUUGGUGUUGAUUUAAAAGAUAGUCAUAUGCCAGGUGAUCACAGGGCGGUAUUGGUUACCGUUGGACCACAUCAAGUAAAAGGAACAAUUCGUGAUAACCAGCCAUUAUUACUCUCAGUUGACGAUGCUCUCUUCCCUAAUGACAUAACACUGACGAAUCAUAUCUCUCUGUACCGUGCAAACAGCGUACAAAGUGUAGCUGAUAUUGUUAAUGUCUUUUCAUCAAAGGGUAUUAACAUAAGUGGUUUAAAUGCCAAUGGCAACUGGAUAGUCAUACAAACUGAUCGAGAAGUUUCUAUUCCUGUUGAUGGUAUCGAAAGUUAUUAAAAUGGAUUAUGUAUUUAUUGGAGGCAAUGACCAUCAGCUAUACACCCAUUGAAUGAUUAAAAAGUAUGAGAUUGUUAUUUUUGUUCAAUCAUCUCAGUAUUUUAGAAAUUUCUUAUCUAAAAAGAAAAUAA